UGAAUGUUGACAAAUAUAAUAACUUUUGUUUUACUUUCGAUUCCGUCGGCUUGGAAAAAAAAACACAGCUGGUUAGCAGUUUUGAUUGCAGUGGUCUUCUUUCUGCUACGGAAAAUUUAUUUCUUCUCACAGGUGAAGCAAGGAACUAAAUUCAUAUAAAUAUGGCUGAAAGAUCACGUAGACAGGUGAAGAAAAAUCAGGAUUUGCAGCGUAUUUUAUAUUUGGAAAAAGAGCGAUCGAGGAUGAGAAUGAUUAGAAAGAUUGUGAAAAAGCCCAGCAUAACCAGAACAGAUGAAGAAAUUAAAAUUUUGGAGGAAGCACCAGAUUUGGUUGUUCAGAUUCAAAACAACAUUAAGAAGUUAAAAUGCGUAAAAGAAAGGGAAAAAGUAAUAAUUGAUGAGCCAGAAGUUUUGUCAGAAAAAUGUACUGAAUUAGCCAAAGCUUUAAAGGAAUCAUCAUGUACUGUUGUAUAUACUGGAGCUGGUAUAAGUACAUCAGCUCAGAUUCCUGAUUAUCGUGGUCCUGAUGGAGUUUGGACACUGCUUCAAAAAGGAAAAGAAAUAAAGAUGAAAGAUCUGAGCCUUGCGGAACCAACAUUUACUCAUAUGGCCAUAAAGCAACUCCAUAAAGAAGGCUUGAUAUCCCAUAUCGUUUCUCAAAACUGUGAUGGAUUGCAUUUAAGAAGUGGUUUACCCAAAGUGGCACUUUCAGAAUUACAUGGCAACAUGUUUAUUGAGGUGUGUCCCAAAUGCAAGCCCUUGAAGCAGUAUGUGCGUUUGUUCGAUGUAACAGAACGCACAGGUUUACAUAGGCAUAAAACAGGCCGUUUCUGCAGUAAAUGCGAUUCAGAAUUGAAAGAUACUAUAGUUCAUUUUGGUGAAAAAGGGACUCUUCCUUGGCCUAUGAACUGGAAAGGUGCUGUUAAAGCAGCAUCAAAAGCAGAUUUAAUUCUUUGUCUGGGGACUAGUUUAAAGGUCCUGCGGAGAUAUCCAGGUUUGUGGCAGACUGAUAAACCACAUGAUAAAAGACCUAAAUUGUUUAUUGUGAAUUUACAGUGGACACCUAAAGAUCCCCAGGCAACAUUAAAAAUACAUGGUAAAUGUGAUGAAGUAAUGAAAUUAGUUACAACAUUUCUUGGAAUUGAAGUACCAACAUAUAAAAAGCAAAAUGAUCCAAUAUUUAAAAUAGCUGUACCUCUGCUGCCACAUGAAAUGCCUACUACAACAAGACUACAUCUGAUGAGAACUAAAACUGAGUCAACUGAUAACUCUGAUGUUGUAGACUGUAAAGAAAAUCUAAACCAUAUAAAAGCAACAUUAAAAAAUGAAUUAGAAAAUUGUUCAAAUAGUACUGAAUUACUUAGAGAUCUGGAUUUAAAGCUGAACUUUCAACCUCAUGUAGAAUUAACAGACAUAACAUCAACUAACACAUUAUUAAAACUGAAUGUUGAACAGAUUGAUUCAAGGACGUAUUUCAUAAAAGAAGAAAAUGAGCAAGAAGUGCCAAGGACUAAUUCAGGUCUCUCGGGAUGGUUUGGAAAGGGCUGUGCAAAAUGGAAGAGACAAAGAAGAAGAACCAUUUCCUCUUGUAAAAAGUUGAAAGCUGAAAAAGACAAAGUUGAUAGUUCCGCUUGAAAGAAUGAUAGGCUUAAUUUUUCACUUCUCAUUUUAUACUGGUGACAAUAUGUAUUCUGUAUGUCAAUUACAGAACAUUAUUAGCAAUUUUUAAAUUUAGAAGUAAGAAUUUCUUGUUGUUGGGAUAUUUUAUUAUGAUCUUAUUUUCUAUAGAGGUUUGGAAAUGCUUGGAUAAAUGCUGUGAAAGUUUUUAAUUAAAAAAAUAAUGUUUUACAAUUAAAAAAAUUAAUAAGAUGAGCAAUAGAAAGUUAUUUUAUAAAAUUUUUUUGGGAAUAUAGAAAAAAUAAUCAGAUUUUUUUUUUCAAGAAAUUAAUCUUGGUAUUUGAAUGAUGUUAAUCAGUGAUUAUUGGUAUAUAUUGCAACUUGAAUUUCAAUUAAAGAAAAUGUAUCUUCAGCCAGUUAAGAUUUAAAAUGUACUUUUUUUGAUAAUGUUACAUUUAAUGGUUAAAUAGUUUGUUACCCCCCUUCCUUUUCCAACUCUCAAUGUAACACUUCUUCAAUUAGUAUAAUUUAAAUGAAUGAAAAAUGUCUAGUAAUAAUCAAUUAAUGUUUAAUAAGUAACACAAUGAUACAAGUAUUGCAUGAAUCAAACUAUGCCCUCCCUCUUCUAAUUUGAGAUAAUGCAAAAUACACUCAGCAGUAUGUAAGCAAAGUUCAUUAAUAAAUUUAGAAAUAAGAGUCGAUUCACUAGACUCUUAAGAUUUCUUUGAAACAAUCUAAAGAUUUGUCAUGCAUUUUUAACAAUUGUUGCAAAAUCAUUUUUUUUCAAUAUCUAAAAGUUUAUAUAAUUGUUUUUGGUGGUGUUUCAUAAUGUAUCAAAUUUAUCUGAACUCCUCACUAAUCGAUAAUGGGUAUGAUACUAUAUCAGAUACUUGUUCUUUUUUUUCUUGUUUUCAAAUAACAUAUAGCUUCAAACUGAAUAUUAAUUACUAUAAUGAUAAUCAUAAUUUUUGUAAUUAUAUUUAUUUAUGCAACAUUCACUAAAGCUGAUGUUUUUAAUUUGUAUAUUUAUAUAAAAUAAUGUAAAGUAAAUAAAAUUAAUAUAAUUUAAUACAUAUUCAUAAGCACUUUAACUAAUUUCUUUUACUUUAUUGCAUUAUUAAAACUGCUACAGCAAUAACGUUUUCCAGUUUUUUAAUGGAUAAAAGUUAAAUGAAGGUACUCUAGUAAUAUAUUGUUCUUCAUUGCACAUUUUUACAACAUACAGUAAUCAGUGUUAAUUUUGGUUAUCUGUUUUAUUGAGUUCAUUCCAUUACACUUACUUUUUAAUCUAUAAAAAUUAUAGAAAAGUUAUUUUAAGGAAACAAAAAGGUAUAGCAGUGGCUUCUUUGCAUUGAAGUACAAUGAUACUUUCAUAGUACCUGAUAACUUUUAAGUACAAUAAUUAUGUUUUGUAUGACUUGUAAUUGUGUAUGUGAUAUAAGUUAUGAUGUAAAAAUAAUGGCCUUUACAGGAUUUUACUUAUAUAGUUACACAGCAAUAAAAAGCAAAAUAUGUAAACU